GCUAUUUAUGUGGCUUCAGCCGUAGCUAAUGUACAUCUGGAAAAAGAAAUCAGAAGCGGUCAGUGCCAAAGACCUAGAUACUCACAUGUCAGAGAGAACGAGUCAUAGGGGCUCUUCAUCUGCUUGGAUCCAAAGCAUUAUAAAAGCAGGUGGUAUCUCAUCAUUAAAAGUUCAACAGCCAUCGACACCUCAAGAGAAAUACACUUUUUUAUUGUCUUAUUUUUUCAUCAAAGUUUCUGACACAAUGGAUGUGACACAGUGUAAAUUAGGCUUGCAAGCUCCAAUUUUCUACUUGCCGUCGGACGUUGAAGGGAUACGGAAGGCGAUUUUAACUGACGGAAUAGCUUUCGUGGAAAAAUGUGAUGAGACGUUACUUGUCUCCCUUGCUAAUGAGUUUGGGGAAAUCGUUCGACCUCGCAAUGAGAGAAUUGAAGGGAGCGGUGUCAGUCAUAUUCGAUUCGCUCCGAAUUUGGCCGGCAAAGGAUACAGUUCUGAAGAGUUAUUCUUCCACACGGACCGAAGCGGAUGGGAUGUACCGCCGCGAUUUCUGAUGUCGCUUCUCAAAAGUGCAUCGGAGACGGGAGGCGAAUCCCUGCUGGUGGAUGGCCAUCGGGUUCUGAAGGCCAUCAGAGAGCAAGAUCAGCACCUAUACCGUCUUGUUACCAGUCCAAAGUACGGAAGCUUCCGUGCAGACGAUGGAACAUUUGUACCAAGGCCGGUGUUCGAUGAAAGUGAGGGUUUGCUUCGCUUCCGGUUUGACGAUGGCAUUCAACUAUCAGCAUCCAUGGUUUCUGCCUUGCCUAAACUGCAGGAUACCAUCUUCCAGAAUGCCUUUGCCGUCGCGCUCAAGGCUGGUCAGGGGUAUAUCGUGGACAAUCACCGUUUCUUGCACGGUCGAACCUUGUUUUCUGGUUCACGCGAGUUACUCAGAGUUCUUGUACACCCUCAACCGGAGCGACGGGAUCUGACUCUCUUAUUUGAUAUUGACGGCACUCUCUGCCGUUCUGAGGAGCUCAGCAUCGAUGCCUACUUCUCUUGUAUCAGCGCGAUCAUGGGAGAAGUGAUCACUCACAGAAAUACCCCGGUUAACCUGCACGGGCGCACGGAUCUGGGCCUGUUCCAUGCUAUCAUGGAGUACCAUGGCGUGGAUGACAAGUCUCUGAUGGUCGAGAAAUUCCAGCAAUUACAUCCACGGUAUCUUAAGGAGUCCAACAAGAAAGGAUUAACAGCGGUAGAAUGCCCGGGAGCAAAGGAAACCUUAUCCUGGCUCAAGGAGUAUCAAAAGGAUAUGCAUCCGUCAGUCCGCAUUGGCCUUCUUACCGGCAACUCGCGUCCAAAUGCACUUCUGAAGCUGCACGCGGCCGGCAUUGACACGAACAUUUUCGACCUUGAUAUUUCCUCCUUCGGGGAUACACACCUCGACCGCAAGUCCUUGUUUCAAGACUCCUUGUUGAAAUUGCAAGAGCGCUAUGGCAUGGGCGUUCAUGCCAGUGAUGUGAUCAUUGUGGGUGACACGCCACUCGAUAUCGAGUGUGCCAAGAGUGUGGGAAGUGAUAUUAUCGCGGUCGCUACUGGGAACUACACUGUCGAUGAUCUUGCCAUGCUGCAGCCUAAUCUCUGUUGCUCCCAGCUGUCUGAAGCAAAGGAAUUCUUGGCUCUAAAGUGCGCUUGAUUUGAUCAAAAGAAAAUUUCACCUGGUAAACGGAGGCGUCACGGUGCCAGCCUGCCAUCUAUUGAUCCGAAUUAAUAGUCGGACCGAGACUGGCAAGGUGCCGAGAGGUGAUAGGAUCGGGGAACUACGGCUAUGCAGCCAGCAUCCUUUGACUAUGGCCAAUGCCUGCAUGCAUUAUGCACUUUAUAUUCCUUUUGUCUCUUUGAAAUUCUUUCGCAAUGCUUUCCUUUAGUAGCUAGUUGAUGGCCGCCAGAUUGUCUAUAAAUAGGCCUUAUGAUUAAUAGUUUUCUCAAAUCAGAGUUCUUCCUCUAUUCACUCCAGCC